AUGCCGAAAAAGUUUGCAAACGAGAAUCCAAAAGUUGUUGCUGCUCGGGAUCGAAAAGCAACGGCAAAGCGGGAGGAAGCCGAAAAAAAGCAAAAGGCUGCUGAGGAUGCUUAUUGGGCAGACGAUGAUAAAUUAGUUAAUCGAAAGCUUCAACGAAAGGAAGAAGAAGAGCGAAAAAAAUUGGAAGCGUUGAAGCGAAAAGAAGAAAAUCGCAAAUUGGCAGAGGAAGAAAUGAGCAGUCUGUCGAAAAAAACGGAAUCUGCACCCAAAGUGACACGAGCUGCAAUUCAUCAGCGUAAGGAACAAGAGGAGAGAAUAAUGAAGGAGCUAGAAGAGCGAAGGCAAGCGGAAGCUCAGAAAAUUGAGGAAACAUUGUUCUUGAAGAAAUGGAAAUCCGAAAUGCGCAAUUUUCAGACCGUCACCGAGCUCGAGGAGAAUAUAAAUCGAUUGGAUAUUGAGGCAGCUUCAGCAAGGAACGUGGAUGAAGCCUUGAAGGCUCUAGGAGAUGCAAAAGCCGCUUCAGAAAUCGAUAAACACCCGGAAAAACGUUUGAAGGCUGCAUAUUUGGCAUUCGAGGAGAAACGCCUUCCACAACUGAAAAUAGAACACCCAACGUAUCGCCUGUCGCAACUGAAACAAGUCCUUAAAAAGGAAUGGCAAAAGUCGCCGGAGAAUCCGCUGAACGCGAAGAUUAUGGCUCUCUCACAGUAG